CACAUUUCCGGACCUUUCUUCUCCGGUUCCCAAAUCCUCAAAAUCUCUUUCUUCCUCAUCUCUUCUCGUACCACGUUCAUUAUUUGUACAAAAUCAUCAUUUAAAACCCUAUUUUGUAGUUAGAAAUGGCGAUCGCUUCCCCGAGAAUCUCGUACUCUUUCUGUUGCUGUCGGGUCGGAUCAGCCCGUGCUGCAGUUGGCUCUGUCCGAUUAUUCCAGAUCCAGACACGGUUCCGAGCUCGGAAGUUCGCGUUGUGUUCUAGACUGGACUCAUCUUCAUCCGCGCACUCCAAUGGGUUCGAUGGCGAUCUCCCCUACGAGUUACAGCACGGGGUGUCGACCCACCACGGCCGUCGUGGGUCGCCGGUGUUCGUGACUCUUCCAGUGGACGCGGUUAGCUUCCAGCUGGGGCAGAUGAAGAGGAAGAAGACUAUGGCACAGUCUUUCAGGGCGCUGAAAGCUGCCGGAGUGGAGGGAGUUGUCAUGGAGGUGUGGUGGGGGCUGGUGGAGAGAGAUAGGCCUGGCUCAUUCAAUUGGCAGGGCUAUUUGGAGAUUGUGAUGCUGGCAAAGCACUGUAGCCUGAAGGUUCGAGCUGUACUAGCGUUCCAUCAGUGUGGCACAGGGCCUGACGAUCCCUUUUGGAUUCCUCUUCCUCAGUGGGUGAUAGAAGACAUGGAAAAGGAUCCAGAUUUAGCAUAUUCAGACAGGUUUGGGAGACGGAGCAUGGAAUAUAUUUCCCUAGGAUGUGAUGUUCUUCCCAUUCUGCAAGGACGAUCUCCAAUACAGGCAUAUACUGAUUUUAUGAGACACUUUAGAGACACCUUCAAACCAUAUCUCGGAACCACCAUAACUGGUAUUCAAGUUGGAAUGGGGCCUGGUGGUGAGUUAAGAUAUCCUUCGUGCCCUUCACUAAAGUUAACAAGGACAUGGCGCUCACAUGAACUUGGUGAAUUCCAAUGCUAUGAUAAGUAUAUGCUGGCUUCUCAGAGUGCCUGUGCUGGGGAGAUAGGGAUGCGCGAAUGGGCAAAUGGAGGCCCCAUUGGUGCUAGCAAUUUGAUGCACAACCCCGAAAGCACAGUGUUCUUCAGACGUGAUGGUUCUUGGAACACGCCAUACGGAGAGUUCUUCCUUAAAUGGUAUUCCGGGAUGCUGUUGCUUCACGGGGAAAGGGUUUGCAAGGAAGCAGCAUCUGUUUUUAGGGGGGUCGAGGUCAAUUUGACUGGUAAAAUAGGUGGGGUCCAUUGGCACUACGUUACACCGUCUCACCCAUCAGAACUAACAGCUGGCUAUUACAACACUUCAAUCCAAGAUGGUUUCCUACCGAUUGCUCGCAUGUUUGGUAGAUAUGGAUUCACGUUGUGCUGUACGUGUUUUGAGAUGCAAGAUGUAGAAGAACAACAGAUGAAUCCAGCGAGCAGUCCUGAAGGGUUUCUAAGACAGCUUUUACUUGCUGCGAGAAACUGUGAACUUCCAGUUGUUGGUGAAAACUCGGCAACCAGUCUUGAUGACAAAUCUUUUGAGCAGGUGUUAAAGAUGUCGAAAUUCUAUUCAGAUGGUCAAGAUAAACCAUCGUUUUCCUUUAACUUUGUCAGGAUGGACAAGAACUUGUUUGAAUACCGGAAUUGGGUUAGUUUUACUCGGUUUGUGAGACAGAUGUCCGUCACCAGUAUUUUUCGAGGGAAGAUAGGUUUUGGGGAAGGUGAUACGCCGGUUUCGUCUUCUUCAGCAGCUAGCAUGAAAGCAGUUCUCUCCUACUAGCCAGCCAGCCAGCCAGAUGAAGCAGAGGCUCUGUGUCCACUUCUGAUUUAUUGUUUUGAAUUGCAGUUUCUUGAGUAAAUUUUCUUUGCUGCAUUGUAUUUGGUUUUCCGUUUCGUACGUUCUGAAUGGAGCAAGCAUACAUCUCU